AUCAGUUAAGAUAAUAUAUAUUCAGUAAUUAAGAGAGAAGAAAUAAACACAAAAAUGUUGGUUAAAGUUUUCUCUUUUUUCAUCCUUAUGAUAACAAUGGUGGUUAUUGGUGUUAGCAAAGAAUAUUGUGAUGACAAACAGUCAUGUCAAAACUUUUUGUUGGAGCUUAAGGCGGGUUCAUCGUCACUCUCGGAGAUUAGACGUCGUGACUUAUUGAUCAUCGUUUUGAAGAAUUCCGUACGGAGGAUCGACAUGGUUAUGAUUGGUGUGAUGGAUGAUACAAAACAACAUGAGGAGAUGGAGAAUGAUUUGCUUGGUGUGAAGGAGGACACAAAACUAUUUGAGGAGAUGAUGGAGUCGACAAAAGAUAGGAUGAUCCGUUCGGUGGAGGAACUCUUAGGAGGAGAAUUUCCUAAUCGUGGAUCUUACGAGAACGUCCACACUUGGCUCAGUAGCGUUCUUACUAGUUACAUCACAUGUAUCGACGAAAUUGGUGAAGGUGCCUAUAAACGCCGUGUCGAGCCAAAGCUUGAAGACCUCAUUUCUAGGGCAAGAAUAGCUUUGGCUCUCUUUAUCUCCAUUUCACCGAGAGACAACACCGAACUUAUCUCGGUGAUUCCCAAUAGCCCUUCUUGGUUAUUCCAUGUUGACAAGAAAGAUCUAUAUCUCAAUGCUGAGGCUCUAAAGAAGAUUGCUGAUGUUGUGGUCGCGAAGGAUGGGACCGGAAAGUACAGCACAGUGAAUGCGGCCAUUGCAGCGGCACCUCAACACAGCCAAAAGAGAUUCGUCAUCUAUAUAAAGACAGGCAUUUAUGAUGAAAUCGUCGUCAUUGAGAAUACGAAACCCAAUUUAACUCUUAUAGGUGAUGGUCAAGAUUUAACCAUCAUCACGAGCAAUUUAAGUGCUAGCAAUGUUAGAAGAACGUUCAACACCGCAACUGUUGCUUCUAAUGGUAAUGGAUUCAUCGGAGUAGACAUGUGCUUCCGAAACACGGCCGGGCCGGCAAAAGGACCAGCUGUUGCCCUCCGUGUGAGUGGUGAUAUGUCCGUCAUUUAUAGAUGCCGUGUCGAGGGAUAUCAGGAUGCCUUGUAUCCUCACAGUGACCGCCAGUUUUAUAGAGAGUGCUUUAUUACCGGCACUGUAGAUUUCAUUUGUGGGAACGCGGUGGCGGUCUUUCAAUUCUGCCAGAUUGUAGCAAGACAACCUAAGAUGGGGCAGAGCAAUGUCAUAACCGCUCAGUCACGCGCAUUUAAGGACAUUUACUCGGGCUUCACGAUUCAAAAAUGCAACAUUACUGCAAGCUCGGAUCUAGACACGACAACCGUUAAAACGUAUCUUGGAAGACCUUGGAGGAUAUUUUCAACAGUCGCAGUUAUGCAGUCUUUCAUCGGUGAUUUAGUUGAUCCCGCUGGCUGGACUCCUUGGGAAGGAGAAACUGGUUUGUCAACUCUCCACUACCGCGAAUAUCAAAACAGGGGUCCAGGAGCUGUGACUAGCAGAAGGGUGAAGUGGUCAGGCUUUAAAGUUAUGAAAGAUCCUAAACAGGCUACAGAAUUCACUGUAGCCAAGCUCUUAGAUGGAGAAACUUGGUUGAAAGAAACUCGAAUCCCAUAUGAAAGUGGAUUGUAAUAAUGUUGUUCCAUGCUUCACAUGUAUAACGUACUAAAUAAAAGAUAUUAUUCUUCU